UUUGCCUCCACACCACGAUGCACGCUCAGCAUGCUCAGGAGUCUUUCUUGACAUGAAGUGUGCACAUGCACGUCGCAACCAUAGUUCUGGUACCUGCAUACAAAGCGCCCUAAAGUUGCUGCUGUACAAUUGCUGUGGCUGUACCUGGAGGAGCUACCGAAACUCUAUUUGUCUAGGGUUGCCUCAAACUGCAGGAGCACGCGAAUGGCCCUAGCAUUGGGGUGCCGGCGUCUGGGGUACGCUGAUUGGAUAUCCGAAGUGUGUUGUCUGGCAUCAACGCUGAUGGUGCGAAGGCGACCCUUCUCGAAAGACCCUCCUCGGGCCCCCGCAGUCUGACAGUUCUGUAGCAACCUCACUUUGCGAAUGAAGACAUGAACGAAGACCAAUGGGCCUCAUUCACCAUGUUGCGCGUCAGGAUCAUGGCAACCAGGAGUUUCCACCAAGCUUCCUUGCGCAAUCACGCCAACCGCAGAUGAUCAUUGGCAACAUCGUUGUCCAGGCUGUCGGUUCCUUGUUCUUCUUUGCGAGAGCGUAUUCUCGGGUCGCCAUCAUCAAAGCGUGGAGGGGAGAAGACUACAUUCUUAUGUUAGCUUGGGUAUUUUGUACCGGCUACAGCGUCUGCCAAUACGGUCAGAUCGACAACGGUGCUGGACGUCAUGCCAUUGCAACAUCCAUGGAAAAUCCUCAGGCCCCCAUCACAUCCCAGAAGUACGCGUACGCGGCCCAAAUCAUCCUCCUUCCGGCACUUGCAUUGUCAAAGCUUAGCAUAUGCCUUACAUAUCUUCGCAUCUUCUACACGGACAAACGUGGACGCUAUAUGAUACAGGCACUGAUGGUCCUCCUUUUCCUUCUAAUCGUACCAUUCAUGUUCGAAGUCGCAUUUCAGUGUCGACCGAUUCAUGUCUACUGGACCGAAGGACGUCCGGCCGCCAAGUGCCUCCAAGACCUACCAGGCUUUCUCCUUAGCGGAAGCCUCAACAUAGUCGUCGAUGUUGCGCUCAUGGCCAUCGUACUACCUCGUGUCCUCGAACUGCAGUUGCAUCAACGACAGAAAUGGGCUUUGACUGGCAUCGUGCUUCUCGGUUCGCUUGCUGUCGUUGCUGGCAUAGUACGUAUGGUGCGGGUCAGCGGCUCUAUAACGAUGCCGAACUUCGAACCAAGCUGGGACUCAUACGAUGUGUCGAUUUGGACGUCGACAGAGAUUUAUGUCAGCCUGUUGUGUGCUUCCGCACCGGGAGUAAAGCCUGCCGUUGUCAAGAUCUUACCUAAAUUGCUGGGUUCAUCUUUCUCACGAAGUCGUACGCAAACAGCCGGACGAACAAGUACUGGAAUUGAACUCGGUCUUAGGUCCAAAUGGAAGAGGACGACCAUCGGCAGUACACGGAUAAACAACAGACGACUGAGCGAAACAGGACUGACAACAGCUGAUGGACCCUACACAGAAGUGGGAAGCGGCGUAAGCGCGCGUAGUCUGAGUAGAAAGAGCGAGGACCGACCAACAACGGCGACUAGCGAGGGUAAAAGCAGUCAUGGUGGCCAUAUCUACAAGACGAGCGAGAUCUCGAUACAGACUCAUGCGAUAUAGGA